AUGGCGGCUCCGCCCGUCACCGUGAAGGAGGUGGUCUCGCUCACCUCCUCCGGCAUCAAUCCGCAAAACAUCUCCUUCACCAACCUCACGAUGGAGUCGGAGAAGUUCAUCUGCGUGCGCGAGACUGGUGCGGCCAACUCCGUCGUCAUCGUCGACAUGGCCCAGCCAAUGACGCCCAUGAAGCGGCCCAUCACCGCGGACUCGGCGCUCAUGAACCCGGCGGCCAAGGUGAUCGCGCUCAAGGCUACCGUGGCGGGAACCGCGCAGGAUCACCUUCAGAUCUUCAACAUCGAUACGAAGUCUAAGAUGAAGUCGCACCAGAUGCCCGAGAGCGUCGUGUACUGGAGGUGGAUCUCCCCGUCCCUGAUGGGCAUCGUGACAAACACGGCCGUCUAUCACUGGAGCAUGGAGGGCGAUUCCGAGCCUCAGAAGAUGUUCGAUCGCACGGGUAACCUCAACGGCUGCCAGAUCAUCGCCUACCGCGCCAGCCAGGACAUGAAGUGGUUCUCGGUUGUCGGCAUCGCCGCCGGCGAUCCCUCCCGACCCGGCCUCGUCAAAGGCAAGAUGCAGCUCUUCUCCAAGGAACUCGGCAGAUCCCAGGAGCUCGACGCGCACGCCUGUGCCUUCUCCACGCACCAGGUGACCGGUAACAGCGUGAAGUCCCAGGUGAUCGCCUUUGCGCAGAAGACGGUGAUGCCGGACGGGAACGUCGCGUCCAAGCUUCACGUCAUUGAGCUCGGCGCUCAGGCCGGCCAGACUCCUUUCCAGAAGCGCCAGGCGGAGCUGUUCUUCCCCCCGGAGUUCAUGGACGACUUCCCGGUGAACAUGUCAAUAUCUGAGAAGUACGGCGUCAUCUAUGUGGUGACCAAGAUGGGCCUCCUCUUUGUUUAUGACUUGGAGACGGCGACGGCCAUCUAUCGCAACAAGGUUAGCAACGACCCGGUCUUCCUCGCGUGCGACUCCCCCUCCACGGGCGGCGUCUACGCGGUGAACCGCCGCGGCCAGGUGCUCCUGUUGAACCUUAACGAGCCUGCCGUGGUGCCGUUCAUCUCCGGGCAGCUCAACAACGUGAGCCUCGCGCUUCAGGUGGCGGUCCGAGGCGGCCUCCCCGGUGCCGAGUCCCUCGUGAAGCCCAAAUUCGAGCAGCUCUUCGCCGCGGGCGACAUCAAGGGCGCCGCCGAGUGCGCGGCGGAUUCACCCAAGGGCAUCCUCCGUAACCCCGAGACCAUCGCGAGGUUCAAGGCGAUCCCGGCGCAGCCCGGCGCCGCUCCUCCGCUCCUCCAGUACUUUGGCAUCUGCCUUCAGCGGGGUACGCUUAACAAGGUUGAGGGCGUUGAGCUCGCGAGGCUCGUGCUCGCGCAGAACAAGAAGCAGCUGCUGGACACGUGGAUGGCAGAGGACAAGAUCGAGUGCUCCGAGGAGCUCGGAGACCUUCUCCAGUCUGUUGACGCCGACAUGGCACUCCGCGUGUACAUCAAGGCGAAGGCCAACACCAAGGUUGUCGCCGCGCUCGCCGCGCGCGGGGAGUUUGAGAAGAUGGGCAAGUACUGCGAGAUGGCGGACUACAAGCCCGACUACUCCUACCUGCUGCAGUCGACGCUCAUGUCAAACCCCCAGGGCGCGGUGACUAUUGCGCUGCAGGUUAGCAAGAUGAAUCCGCCCCCGCUCGACUACAACACCGUCGCGGAUCUCUUCCUCCAGCGCAACAUGAUCAGGGAGGCUACCAGCUUCCUCCUCGAUGUCCUCAAGGAGGACAGGGAGGACCAGGCGGCGAUGCAGACAAAGGUGCUCGAGAUCAACCUCGUCACCUUCCCCAACGUUGCCGACGCCAUCCUCGGGCAGGGCAAGCUCACGCAUUACGACAGGCCCCGCAUCGCGCAGCUCUGCGAGAAGGCCGGGCUGUACAUGCGCGCGCUCGAGCACUACACCGAGGUGUCAGACCUGAAGCGGUGCUGCGUCAACACGCACUCAAUUGACCCCCAGGCGCUCCUCGAGUGGUUCGGCACCCUCUCCAGGGAGUGGGCGCUCGAGUGCAUCAAGGAGCUGCUCGUGUCCAACCCCAGGCAGAACCUCCAGAUCAUCGUCAACGUGUGCAAGGAGUACACUGAACAGAUCGGCGCUGAUGCCAUCCUCAAGCUCCUCGAGGAGCACAACUCCUCCGAGGGCAUGUUCUUCUACCUUGGCGCACUUGUCGCGACCAGCACCGAGCCUGAUCACCACCAGAAGUACAUUGAGGCUGCCGCCAAGACUGGCCAGAUCAAGGAGGUCGAGCGCAUCACGCGCGAAUCCGAGCACUACGACCCGGAGAAAGCGAAGGUGUUCCUCAUGGAGGCCAAGCUCCCGGACGCCCGCCCGCUCAUCAACGUGUGCGAUCGCUUUGACAUGGUGGACGACCUCACCACGUUCCUGUACCAGAACAAGAUGCUUCGCUACAUCGAGGGAUACGUGCAGAAGGUGAACCCAUCCAACACCCCCGUCGUCGUCGGCGCACUCCUGGACCUCGAGUGCGACGAGGACUUCGUGCAGAAUCUCAUCCUCUCCGUGCGCUCGCUCCUCCCCGUCGGCCCGCUCGUCGAGGAGGUGUCCAAGCGCAACAGGCUCAAGAUGCUCACCCCGUUCCUCGAGAACCUCGUCGCCGAGGGAUCCACCAACGCGGAUGUCCACAACGCUUUGGGCAUGAUCCUCAUCGACUCCAACACCAACCCCGAGCACUUCCUCACCACCAACGAGUACUACGACUCCAAGGUUGUGGGUAAGUACUGCGAGAAGAGGGAUCCCAACCUCGCGUGUGUGGCGUACAAACGCGGCAACUGCGACCUCGAGCUGGUGGAAGUCACCAACAAGAACUCUCUGUUCAAGCUCCAGUCCAGGUACGUCGUGGAGCGCAUGGACGCGGACCUGUGGGAGCACGUGCUCGCAGAGGAUAAUCCCCACCGCAGACAACUCAUCGACCAGGUUGUGUCCACCGCGCUGCCCGAGUCAAAGAACCCUGAGCAGGUGUCUGUCACCGUCAAGGCGUUCAUGACUGCGGAGAUGCCCCAGGAGCUCAUCGAGCUGCUGGAGAAGAUCGUCAUCCAGAACAGCGCGUUCAGCAACAACCCAAACCUCCAGAACCUGCUCAUCCUCACCGCGAUCAAGGCGGACACCACCCGCGUAAUGGACUACAUCAACCGCCUCGACGCCUUCAACGGCCCGGAGGUUGGCGAGAUUGCCGUUGGCAACGAGCUCUACGAGGAGGCCUUUGCGAUUUUCAAGAAGUUCGACCUCCACGUGGACGCCAUGAAGGUUCUCUUGGAGAACCUGGAGAACCUCGAACGCGGAGAGGAGUACGCCAACAAGGUUGACCUCCCUGAGGUUUGGUCACAGCUCGCGAAGGCAUACCUGUCCCAGGACCUGGUCUCUGCCGCCGUGGCUGCCUAUAUCAAGGCCAAGUACACCGACGACUACCUCGCGGUGAUCGACGUGGCAAAGCGCGCGGAUGACUUCGACAGCAUGGUCAAGUACCUGGCGAUGGUGCGCAAGAAGGUCAAGGAGCCGAAGGUUGACUCUGAGCUUUGCUACGCGUAUGCAAAGACGGAUAAGCUCGCGGAGCUCGAGGAGUUCAUCACCCAGCCCAACGCCGCGAAGCUGGACAACGUCGGCGAUCGAUGCUUCGACGAGGGCCUGUACGAGGCUGCUAAGGUUCUUUUCACGACGUGCUCCAACUGGGGCCGGCUGGCGAGCACCCUGGUCAAGCUUCACAAAUUCUCCGAGGCUGUUGACGCGGCUCGCAAGGCGAACAACACGCGCACCUGGAAGGAGAUUUGCUUCGCGUGCGUGGACGAGGGCGAGUUCAGGCUGGCACAGCUGUGCGCGCUGAACAUCAUCGUCAACGCGGACGAGCUGGAGGAAAUCUCGGAGUACUACCAGGUGCGGGGCAGGUACGAGGAGCUCCUGUCCCUGAUGGAGGCUGGCGUUGGCUUGGAGAGGGCGCACAUGGGCAUCUUCACCGAGCUUGGCAUCCUCUACGCCAAGUUCAAGCCCGAGAAGCUCAUGGAGCACCUCAAGCUCUUCAGCACCCGCAUCAACAUCCCCAAGCUCAUCCGCGCCUGCGAGGAGAUGCACGCCUGGAAGGAGCUCUCGUUCCUCUACAUUGCGUACGACGAGUACGAUAACGCUGCGGGUGUGAUGAUGGCCCACCCCGACGCGUGGGAGCACGUCGGCUUCAAGGACGUCUGCGUCAAGGUUGCCAACCUGGAGAUUUACUACAAGGCGCUCGAGUUCUACCUCGUGAGCCACCCCACGCAGCUUAACGACCUGCUCACGGUGCUCACCCCGCGCAUCGACCACUCGAGGGUCGUCGCGCUCAUGCGCCAGGCGAACCACCUGCCCCUGAUCAAGCCCUAUCUGCAAGCUGUGCAGAACACCAACAUGGUUGCCGUCAACGAUGCGGUGAACGAGCUGUGCCUCGAGGAGGAGGAUUUCGAGUCGCUCCGAACCUCCAUCGACACUUACGACAACUUCGACCAGAUGUCGCUGGCGAACAAGUGCGAGAAGCACGAGCUCCUCGAGUUCCGCCGCAUCGCCGGCUUCCUCUACCAAAAGAACGCCAAGUGGACCAAAUCCGUGGAGCUGUCCAAGAAGGACGGCUUGUACAAGGAUGCGAUGGAGGCAGCCGCGCAGUCCGGCGACAAGGACAUUGCCGGUGAUUUGCUUCAGUUCUUCAUCGAGCAGGAGAACAAGGAGUGCUUCGCCGCGAUGCUAUACAACUGCUACGACCUGCUCAAGCCUGACGAAGUGCUCGAGAUAGCGUGGAUGAAGGGCCUCAUGGAGUACGCGAUGCCCUACAUGAUCCAGGUCAUGAAGGACUACACCAACAAGGUUGACGUGCUGGUGGAGGACAAGAAGGACCGCAACAAGGAGAAGGCGGAUCAGGAGAAGGAGAAAGUGGAGCAGCAGAUGAACCAGAACAUGUACGCGCAGCUGCUCCCCGCGGCGCUCCCCGCGCCCGGCAUGGAAACCACCGGUGGGAUGAACAACCCGGGCAUGUAUGGCCAGAUGGGCGGCGUUCAGCCGGGGAUGUACGGGGGAUACUAAUAGAGAGAGCCAGAGUUGCCGGCACGAUUUUGAGGCCGUGCAACCUGAUACAUGUCUAAGCAUUGAUAUACAUAACGAUUCAGAUGCAGUAAGU